CAGCCUGAAUACUUCCGAUCGUUUCCGACCGCUUCCGACUCCCUGACAUCUCGAAUAAUCGUAAAAUUUCAUCGGAUUCAUUUUUUGUGAGAAUUCGUGUGAAAUCUGUUGAUCGUCGCAUAAGCUUGUAUCUAUCGGACUCUAUAUCAGCAGUGGAAGUCAAGAUGUUUAUUAAACCUUUCAAAAUUAAGUCUAAUAAUCAAUUGAAAGGUACCGAGAGGAAAAAAUUGUGCCAAGAUAUUUUAGCGGCGUAUCCAAUUCUGACAGACGAGGAAGUACAGUCAUUAAUUCCCAAAAAGGAGGCAAUCAGUGUCAUGAAAAUCACAACUCACAGUGGACACUUGGGCAAAUUAUACUGCGUUGCCAAAAUACCCAUGUUUUUCCAAGUCGACAAUAUACAUCACCCUCUGUUGCCGACCAUAUACAGCUUAUGGCAUCAUCCAAACUUGUUAACAAUCUUCACAACAAGACAUCCGGUGAUCUCGAAGUUAGCAAGCGGAGCGGAUUUAAUGUUGCCUGGAGUGGUUGUCAAAGAACCGGUGACCUUGUACUCUUUCGGUAAACUGCCAAAGGGUACGCCGGUUUCGGUAGAUACGGACGACAACAAGGCAUCGGUUGCUGUUGGUAUUACCGCGUUAUCCAGCGAGGACAUGUACAUGUCCGGUGGUUAUGGAAAAUGCAUAGAAAUACUGCAUGCGAUAGGAGACACGCUUUGCCAAUUGGGAAAACCACCUGCAAGACCAAACAUGGGACCAUCCCUAACUACCGAUGUUGAUAAAUUAGAGAACGCCGAACAAGAUACCGACCAAGCCAAUAAAAGCAACGAUAACUGGCUUGUCGACACGAUGAAUGAUUUACGAGUGUCCGAGGAGAACCUAACACACGAAUCUGCAGGAGAGGAAAAUGCAGAAGAUAACGCGGAAGAAUCCGCGGAUACUGAAAUCGUUGUCCUAGAAGAACCGGUGGAAACUUCCGAGGCAGCAUUAGACCCGGUACAAGAAAUGGACAAUUUGUUAGAAUAUUGUUUUUUGAAAGCUUGCAAGAGGUCCGUAAAGUCCAGCGAUUUGCCGAUGUUAGUAUCGAAUUUUUUCAAAAAUCAUUUGAUGGCGGCGUGUCCACCCGAUAAGAACAUAGACAUAAAAAAGUCCCGAUAUAAAAAGCUGUCGGUGUUCUUAGCGGAGAUGAAAGCGAGAGGUGUUAUCAAUACUUCUAUCACAAAAGGCGUUGAGAGUCUGUUGUCGAUUAAGUUCGAUCACGCGUUGAUAAGGAGAUUGGUGAUUUUAGAGGAACCUGCGCCAGUUGAACCGGUCGUGUCGAACACAGCGGUGGUCUCGGAGUGUUACAAAGUAACCGCGGACGUCGUGCCGAUAUUGUCAAAAUUCGGAUACGAAAAAGGGGACGUAAUGAAAAGAGCUGAGAUCAGAAAAUGUUUCACUGAAUACGUGAAAAAUGAGAACCUACAGGACGGAAAGAUAUUGAAAUUAAACCCGCAACUCGCAGGUAUCAUGAAAACCAAAGCGGACCAGGUCACCGUCACGAUGGAGGACGGAAUAAACAAAUUCAUAGGGCGUAUGACGCACAUGCACGAAGUUAUGCUAGCCGGGAACAAGCUGUUGCACACGGGCAAGUUGGAGCCCAUCGAUAUGAGGGUUACGGUUCGUUCCGGUGGGAAAAAGGUGACGCUGGUAAAUAACUUGGAGACUUUUGGAAUAAACCCGAAAGACUUUAGCAAAGAGUGCCAAAACAUAGGCGCCAGCGCAACGAUCACGGAUGAACCGGGAAAGAAAACUCCUAGCGUUCUCGUUCAAGGAAAUCAAAUCCUAUACGUGUACAAAUUACUCACCGAAAAAUAUCAAAUCAAGAAGAAUUAUAUAAGGGGGCUGGAAUUCGCGCCAAAAAAGCCAGGCGCGCAUAAAAAGUAGAUGGACGAUUGCUGCUGAAAUGUUGCGGUUCUCUCAGUCACUUCGAUAUUUGUACAAAACGACGAAAAUAAGAAGGUUACACUUACCUUUUCAAGAACUUCUCCGCUGUUGCGGAGAUCGCGUCUGCAAGCGGUUGCUGUCGUUACACAAUGUCUUCUUCGUAAAAAGAUUUUGCAUUAUUCGUUCAAUUUGAAUUCUAGAGAUAAAACGUAAAACACACAACCCCGUAUCUCACGAUUGUCCGAUUGGCACACGGCGUGCUCACGAAUAAAUAUGUUCUUAACGACAGAUAAA